AUGGCCACCAUUUCCAGAUCCCGACGAGCCCUGGAGCCCCGAUCUGGCGGGAAAAUUGUCCGCCCUAGACGAGUCGCCGGUGCCAGGACUCCGUACGACCGGCCGAGAUUGGCAAACCCUGGCCCCGAAAACCCUAAUUGGUUCUCCAGGCUCAUCUACUCCCCUUCUCGCAUGAUUGCCAGCGGCGCUGGGAAGAUAAUUUCCUCUGUAUUUAGCCCUGACUCUUCCUCCUCCUCUUCUUCAGAGGAUGGUACUGAAGACGAAGAUGUUGAUGAUGAUGAUAUUUCUACUCAAGAAGAUGAUGGACUGAAGAAGAGGAAUGGGACAUCAGGAAAGAUCAGUUUCUUUAGGAAGGAGCCCCCAGCAACACUAGGGAAGAGCGACAACAAGCAUGUAAUUGAACAACUGCUUAUGCAGGAGACCUUCUCAAGGGAAGAAUGUGAUAGGUUAAUAAAGAUUAUUAAAUCGAGAGUCGUAGGUUUUACCACUGCUGAAGAUGCAGAGAAUACAAGACCAAAUGUAGACACGCCUGAUCUCUGUGGAACAGCUGUUACGGAGGCAAAAAAAUGGUUGAAGGAGAAGAGGUUGGGAUCAAGUUCAAAGUCAGAUUCGGAUCAUGGAACCUGCACCUUACAUUCUCUUAUGUUCCCACAAGGGGCUGAAGAUGAAGGUGGUUCACCAGUGGAUGUAGCCAAGCUGUAUAUGCGAGCACGUCCUCCAUGGGCAUCUCCUUCUAUUAAGCACGGAGAACCGAGAUCUCCAUCAUCAACAGGGAUGCAACUUUUCAAUGAAGAAACCCCAUAUUCAAUUGGUGGCAAUUCUGUGUCUACAUUGAAGCUGAAAAGGGACUCCCGUGCCACUGGGGCCUGGAAUAUCCAGGAGGAAAUACGAAGAGUGCGAUCGAAGGCAACAGAAGAAUUGCUGAGGUCCAUACCUUCGACAAGAAUUGAUUGGUCUGCAUCGACUUUAGGAAAUAGAAGUACCUCUGGUUAUUUGGUGGAUGGAAAACAAGAAGUUGAAAUGGGAGAUAAAAUUCACAAUUCUAAGAAUUCCACAGGUGCAAAUGUGAACUUGUCCUCUGGAGUAACUACGUCCUAUGGCUCCAAUGUUUCGGAGAAGACACAGUAUGGAUUGCAGAAAGAAGCUUUGCCACUUCUGGCUAUUAUCAAUUCCGAACAAAAUCAGGAUUCAGAUGUCGCUGCAAUUGAUGGAAAAGGAGGUUCUCAGAAUGCCUUAGAAGGGGCGUUAACCACUGGACAGCGACUUAAGGCAUCUGAAGAUAUGAAGACUGUUCCCAGUGAUACUGUUGCUGGUGAUUUUGGCGGGCAGAAGAACUCUAAUGGGACUGAACAGCGAAACACAGACGUAGGAGGAACCUUACAAGUUGGAGAUUCAAAAUUACACGACAUAACCUGUUUAACAACUGGAGUAGUGACUGGAUCAAGAAUUGUUUAUACCACAAAUGGUUUCCCUUCUUUGGUAGCUAGUUUGUCCGCACCAGACUUGGGUAUAGAAGAAAACCCUGUACUUAAUGGGGAAACUAAUCCAGUCACUUCAAGCCAUGGGAAGGUAGCUGUAGAUCUCACUGUGGAGGAAGAAGCCCAUGAGUUUUUCAACGAUGCUACUGUCGAGGUCUCCAAUAAAAAUGGAAAUGAUGUUGAUGGAACAAAGGAAAACGACGGCGUGCCUUUGAGUGAAGCUAGUAUUGAGGUACCCGAAUCGAUUGAAAAUUAUAUGGAUGUCACAAAAGACAACGAUUUUGUUGCCACUGGCUCCCAAAACAGCUCUAGUAUGCCCGACGAAUAUUUAUCACAGGAGCUGACCCAGCCGAAUUCAAAAAGCACCCCCGUCGUUGAGAAGCAGAAGGGAAACAGACUCAGCAGAUACAACAGGAGAGGCAGGUCACGGGGCAAAUGA